AUGUUUAAUUUUGAACCUGUAGAUAAGGAGAAACCUACAAAACAUCCAAAAGAUUUGAUUGUUUCGUCUGAACCUGAACGUUCAGAUCAGUCCUCUCAUGCUAAAAAAGUUCAUGAUAUUCGUCGCCCUCAAUCUGCUGAUGCACGUAUUUCACAAAAUCCUACUACCAAUUCAAAUUUCCCUAAACCACGUUUCCAGAAAGUCUUCUCUUCCCACGUUCAUAAUUUAUCACCCAAUAAGAAAAUUAGUCGUAUGCAUAAUAUUUGGAAAGGAGUUGGUAUUCAUAAUCAAUUUGAGAAUAAACAAAUAGAGGAACGAAAUGAAAGACCACCAGUAUUAAAACAUUCUAAGUCUGAAGUUUCAUUAUCAGAAAAAUAUGGUAAACCACAGGAGAUUAUUGGAAGAGGCACAUUUGGUGUUGUUCGCGUUUCACACAAGAUUGAGCCCAAAGUACCAGGGGAAAGACUUUAUGCCAAAUAUAUAAAACGUUUAACGUCAGAAUUCUGUAUUUCCUCUUCACUUCAUCAUAUUAAUGUUAUCGAUACACUUGAUUUACUUCAAGAUACUCAAGGAAAUUAUUGUGAAAUCAUGGAAUUUUGUGCAGGCGGUGAUCUUUACUCUUUCAUUGCUUCAUCAGGUGGCUUGGAGAAAGGUGAAGCAGAUUGUUUUUUCGGACAGUUGAUAAAUGGAGUUAAAUACUUACAUGAUAAUGGUGUAGCUCACCGGGAUCUUAAACCCGAAAAUCUUCUUCUCACCUCAGCCGGAUGUCUUAAAAUUUCUGAUUUUGGGAAUGGGGAAUGUUUCCGUAUGGCAUGGGAAACACAAGCUCAUUUAUCACAUGGAAUUUGCGGUAGUGAACCAUACAUUGCACCAGAAGAAUUUACAGAAGAUUGGUUUGACCCUCGACUUGUUGAUGUAUGGGCAUGUGGUAUCAUUUAUAUGGGAAUGAUUAUGGGAAGACACCUUUGGAAAAUUGCCAAAGCAGAAGAUUCUAAUUUCAAGAUCUAUUUAGAAGCUAGGACUCACGGUGUAUAUUUAGAACCUUUUCAAAAGUUGUCGAUUGGGGUUCGCCGUGUGAUGUCAAUGGUUAUAGAGCCUAAUCCUAAACAUCGUGCGACAAUCGAACAGAUCAUUAAUGAUCCAUGGUUUUCCAUGAUUGAUAUUUGUUUUAAAUCAUCUCCAAGUUCAAAUUCUAUAACCACAAAUCUAGCUUGUGGAGUGAAAUGUAAUGAAAAACAGAAGACAAUGAACAAACCUCCUAUUGCCAAUUUAGUGUAA